GCGCAAGGGUCCCUCCAUUUUCAAUGCUUCCCAGUAACUUGGCUCUCUCUCUCUCAAUCACUCUAUAGAAUUUAUCGAAACCUCCUCUGUGCAGAGACUGUGAUCGAUAGAUACUUGUAUGGCCGCUAAUUUGCAGCGCACUCGUGUACUGGCGAAUUUGGGGAAAAGGUUAGCUGGCCAGAUCCGCUCUCGCGAUUCCGUCGGCGUUUCUCAGCUCCACUGCAGGAGUGUGCAAGCUUCAGCAUACGACAAGAACCCGGAGGAGAAUGUGAACCCGACUGUGGUCCCAGACAAUGUGAUCUCACCUCAGCCAGACGAGUACUGGGCUCCUCACCCUAAGACAGGGGUGUUCGGGCCCGCAACGGAUGAGAACCCGGGACCGGGCCGCGGCGGUGAAGGUUCAUCGGACGGGGGCUCGGUGUUGGAGGAGAAGGCAUUCUUCCGCCCUCUCGAGGACCUGGAAAAGCCUCCCGUCCAGCCUUGAGUGGCAUAGCUAGAUUCUAUCUUCCAUCUAUUAUUAAUAAAAAGCUGUGUGUUUUUACCCUAAAGUGCCGGAGAUAAUACUGCUUUAGUAGGUGUGUGUGAGAGAGAGAUAAUUUCUUUGAUGUUACGAUGUUAUCUCUUUCUUGUGAAUAUAUGCUUUUGCCUUUUUGUCU